GGAGCGCUCGGCAGACGCCUGCAGCCGCAGGGCUGGGAUUUGGGAGAGGCAGAAUAAACGCGCCUUUCACGCCCGGCAUCCCCGGCAGUCCCGUAGCUCCCGCGUUCGCAGCCGUGGUCGCUUCUUGCCCUGCUUGCAGGAGGCAAGGCAUGCUGAAAUAAAGAGAAACUUGUUCUGUGGCAGGAAAGGUCAUUUCUUCUGGCCAGGCAUUUGGAAAGGAGACAGGAAGCGUAUUAUUUUAAAGGUGGGUCGCCAUGCCGCCGCCGUGCCCCCGCGGGGCCCUGCCCGGGGCCGCCCUCCUCCUCCUCCUCCUCCUGCUGCUCUGCGCGGCCCCCGAUGUUUCAAGGGGAAAUAAGCUUAAACUGAUGCUUCAGAAACGUGAAGCCGUGAAGCCCGAGGUGUCAGUGAAAGAAACAGUGGCCAAGGAGUUCCUAAGCAGCCUGAGACGCCAGAGGCGCCAGCUGUGGGACCGAAGCCAGCCCGACGUCCAGCAGUGGUACCAGCAGUUCCUGUACCUGGGGUUCGAUGAGGCGAAAUUUGAAGAUGACAUCUCUUACUGGACAAGCUUAGGGCGUGCUCGUAAUGAAUACUAUGGUGGAUACUACCAACACCACUACGAUGAAGAUUCACCAAUUGGCCCACGAAAUCCACACACCUUCAGGCACGGAGCAGGUGUCAACUAUGAUGAUUACUAAUGCCAUUUAUCCUACUAUAGCUGGUGCCUCUAGGGCUGCACUGGGCGAGGCACAGACCUCCCUCAGUCAGAAUGACCCUGCUUUCCUUCUAUUCCUGUAAAACAGCAAGAGUAAAGGAACUGCCAGGCUUUGAAGAAAGCCACGUGACUUUUUUUUUAAUUAUCAUUACUUAGUAGUACACUAUAUAUAAAGUGUUAUAGAAAUAAAGCUUUUUUGAUAAAAUAAACAGGUUGCCAUUAUUUAGUAGAGUUUGUAACAGCAAGUUUCAUUCCAAUUGUAUUACUACAGAUUCCUUUUUAAAGGGCUUUUUCAUUUGCUUUCCUACCAUCAAUUGCAA